UGAAGUAAAAAUUAUAACGCGUAACCCGUCGCAAAUACCACCACUUAAAAUGGGUGACCCACAAACAUACUUUGAAGAACACGCAACCUGGUCGUUGAUUUCUUUCUUGCAAUACAGACGACAGGCAAAAGAUUUCAUAAGAGACAAACUUCAAGAGCAUAGGAAUUAUGUGAAAGCACUUGAUAAAAUUAUUUCAAAUAACGAAUCAAAAGAAAAAUGUGCCCAAGCUCAAAAAUGUCUUGACGCUUUUAAUGACGAGAAAUCGUCCCCAGACGUAGAAGCUUUUUGGAUAUCGGACUCGAUAAAACUUACCAAGUUAAACUAUGCAAAAUCUGCGUUGGAUACAACCAUCGAAGAAGCAAAGGAAAUACGUUCGAUUGUGUCUGAUGAAACGAUAUCCACAUUAAGAGACGAUAACACUGUUCUGUAUGUUAAUACUCCUGAAUCGAAGCGAGUACCAGAUCGAGAUUGUGAAAGCAACGAAAAGCCAAGGAAGCGCACAAAGACCGAAGAUGAUGACUAUUAUGAUGACGAAUCAGAAAGUGAUGAAAGUGACGAUGAAUGUGAGUUAAGGCUAAACGUGGAAGAAAUGGGAUUUGACGAGUACGUUGAUCGAAAUGAUCAACCUUUCAUUUUCAAAACAAAAAACAUAUCGUCACUAUUUGAGUCAUAUCGAUCCAAAGCGUUAGCUCAUGCGCAAAAUUCUGGUCUGAUAAUGACGAAAAAUUAUCACGAAAUAUUGAGUCUAUCCCAUAUUCUUUUACUACAAAUGGAUAAUUAUUCGGAAACGCAAGUAAAAACGUUCUCUAGGGAAACGCUCGAAGAUCUUAGAAAGGAUAUUAAAUCAAAGUUAAUCGGAAAAGAAAAAAUUGCUCUUGACGAUAAUGAUGGUGGAUUACACGAACUUCGCGAAACCAUCACUGAAUCUUUUUCGAAAAAAUUUAAUUCAACAGCAGAGAAAGAAUUUCUUCGACGAAUGAAGUUUCUCUUUGAACAUCUGUCUUAUACUAUCCCAUUACAUCCAUUGAAAGAAAUUAUAAGCGAAGGGACACUUGUCCGAAAACUCGCCAUCGGCGAUCCUUCCCAGGCUAAACAACCCGAUAUGAUCGGGAAAAUUGUCAAUAAUGGAAAAUUUGUUUAUGAAUCGAUGUUCGGUGAGGUGACGGGAGAAGGAAAAAAUAACACGGAAAAAAAGAAUCUAAUCGACCUGGUUAGAUUGGGGAUAUUUAUGAAAGAUUCCCUUGAUAAUAUUUCGCGUAAGACCGGUGUCAAUCGGAUUUUCGGUUGGCAAGUUAUUGUGACAAAGUGGACCGGUUAUAUGAUGACAUUAAUUAGCCCAGGGAUUUACGUUUUGAUUGACACUGGUAGUGUAGAUCUUCCAAGAUCUUUCGAAGUAUGCAAUACGUUUCUAACUGGUCUGGAUACGCUGUUUGCAUUUCAGAUAGCGUAUGAAAAAACAAUAAAGGAUAUCCUCUCAAUUAUGAAUAAAAGUGAAGAAGUUGAGAGUAAUGAUAAUUUUAAAGGAUGGCGUCGAUCAACACUUGGAACACCAUCGUUCAAAAAAAUUGUGAAGUUCAAAUAA